UGAAAAUGCAGCUCUCUCCGUGCCUCUGCGGCCUCCUGGCCCUGGUGAUGAGUAGCGUGCUGGACCCCGGGGCCGGCUGCGACUUCGAUCGCUCAAUCUGUCAAGCUCAUCUUCCUGGUGACGUCAUCGUUGGCUUGAUUACCCCCUCCCACAGUAAGGUGUCUGCUCUUCAUCAGAGGACCCGGGGAGAGCCCCUCACCUGCACCGAUUUUGACGUCUUGCCAUUUGUGAGAAUCCUGGCUGCCAUUCACACCAUCGAAGAAAUAAACGCAGCUAACGUCCUCCCAGGAGUGCGUCUGGGGUAUCUGAUGUGUGACACCUGCUCUGACGCGACCAAAGCUCUGCAGAAUGUGGAGUACAUGCUUUCAGUCAAUGGCUCCCUGAACAUCCAGUGCAACUACACCGACUUCAGGCCACCGGUGAAGGCCAUGCUGGGGGCACGCUUCUCUGAGGUGUCCAUCGCUGUGGCCAGGCUGCUGAGCUUGUACAUGGUCCCUCAGCUGAGCAGCACGUCAUCCUCUCCUGCACUGAGUGAUAAGUUGCGCUUCCCAGUUUUCCUGCGCACAGUCCCCAGUGACGUCCACCAGACCAAGGCACUGGCCAAACUCAUGAAGCGCUUUGACUGGAACUGGGUGGGUGUUGUGUAUGGCGAUGAUGACUACGGCAAAGCAGCUUUCCAGAGUUUCCUCCAGGACGCUGAGGAAAUGGACGUGUGCUUGGAAUACCAGGAGAUGGUUCCCCACUACCUAGAUCACAACCACAGCAUGCCUCGCAUCAAGCAGGUCGCCAAGAAGAUCCGCUCCUCCACAGCCCAAGUGGUGCUGCUCAUCCUCAAGCCAGAGCUGGUCGAAGAUCUUUUCAAGGAGAUGAUACUGACCAAUACAUCGAAAACAUGGAUCGCCAGUGACGCCUGGUCCAGGAACCGACCUUUGGCCCAUAUGGAUGGCAUCAACAGCGUGGGAGACAUCUUCGGCUUCACUUUCGUAGCACGCAAGAGUGAAUCGUUUGACAAUUACUUGAAGAACCUGAACCCAUCGCCAGGAGGAUACAACCACAUCAUCGAAGAAUACAAGAACCUGAGAUUCAACUGCACCCCAGAGUGUUUUUCAAAGGAUCCUCCAUCCUAUUGUCCCUCCCCUGACCUCCUGAAAAUAAAAUCCCCUGAUGCAUGCAAGUACGAAGAUCCUCAACAAGCCAACGAUGACUACCUUGUGACAAGUCUGGACACGAGUGAAACCUACAAUCAAAGAGUGGCAGUGUGGGCUGUGGUUUAUGCUCUCAAAAACUUACUUCAGUGUAAUGACAGCUCUUGUUCUGGAGAGACUAACUUCCCACCAUGGAAGCUUCUUGAAGAACUGAAGAAGGUUCACUUUAAGCUGGACGACCAGGAGUGUUUCUUCAACAAAUCUGGUGAUUUCGUCAAUGGCUAUGAUCUGAUCAUGUGGGAAAAGGAUGGUGACCACAGAAGCUUCAAAAAGCAAGGAAGAUACCACGUCCUUGAUGGAAAAAUCGAACUCGACGUGGAUGUGAGUGAAUUCAACUGGCUUUCAUCCAGCAACAACACGAUUCCUCAGUCUCGCUGCACAGAGUCCUGCCGCCCCGGCACGGAGAAGAAGAUCCUCAACGUGUCCUGCUGUUACACUUGCAUGCCCUGUGAGGAGGGGACCUUCGCAGAUGAAUGGGAUCUUCAUGAAUGUAAAAAGUGUCCCAAUGACACUUGGUCCCUGGUGGGUUGGACGCAAUGCAAGCCGAGAGAGGAGUCCUUCCUGCGGUGGGGCGAGCCUUACCCCAUCACUCUGGUGGUGUCUGCAGCCUUUGGCAUUUUGCUGUUGCUGGUCAUCUUCAUUAUCUUUUGGGUGUACAGAGAGUCGGCGCCCAUGAAACGAGCUGAGGUGACACUGUCCAGUGUGAUGAUGGCUGGUCUGGCGGUGAGCUUCGCAAGUGUCAUAUGCUUCAUGGGAAAACCAGACGUACACCUGUGCCGGGCCAGGCAGAUGAUGUAUGCCCUGGGCUUCACCCUGUGUGUUUCCUGCAUCCUGGUCAAGGCCUUUCGCACAUUCCUAGCUUUCCUUCCCUUUGGUCAGCUAACACACAGGGGGCUGGGGAAACUUUACAUGCCACCUGUAAUCGUCACCGUCCUAACCGCUCUCCAGGGGGUCAUCUGUAUUCUCUGGCUGAUCUUUGAUUCCCCUUCCAUUGAUAACACCCCGCCAUCCGCUCAGUCCAUGGAGAAAAUAAUUCAGUGUAACGUGGGACAUAGGUACAUAGGUUUCGGCAUCAUGUUGAGCUACAUAGCCCUGCUGGCUUUCAUCGGCUUCCUCUUGGCCUUCAAAGGCAGGAAGGUUCCCCAGGAGUUCAGUGAAACAGGCUACAUUAUUUUUAGCAUGCUAAUGUACCUGUUUGUGUGGGUGUGUUUCAUCCCAAUCUACAUCAUCAAGACAGGUGAGGGCCCAUACGUGCAGGCGUCGGCCAUUCUGGUGUCCAACUAUGGUGUCAUCUUCUGCCACUUCUUGCCCAAGUGCUAUGAGGCACUUUGGGGGUCAAACACCGAUACAAUUGAGAAGAUCCUGAGGAGGUGGCACGCCUUCUCCAGUCCAGGUGCUGCCCCAGAGCCAGAGAAAGACAAAGAAACGCCUCAAAUAAGCACGGUCUCACAGGGGAUUGGAAUGCUUUCUCGGUCAAAAAGGGCAGCGACGGUGGGCGGGAAAGGGAAAGUGAACCCUGUUGGUGCAGAGGAAGUCAUAAUUUCAAUUUCCAAUGAGCCAAUGAAUGCCUGUCCCCUGCCUAUGGUGCUACAGACACAUGUGAGAAAGAGAAUUAGGAGUAUGUCCUUGUAACAGUGACGAUAUAAAAAUCUGGGCUGUAAAAUGAUGAAGGGGGAACGGGAAUGAUUUGCUAUUGCAAGAAAGAAUGUAACUUCAUUUGUGUCCAUUGAUAUUUUAUGUACUCUUGUUUUAUUAUUUUAAUUUGAGAUCUUGUAAAAAUAAAAUUAAUGCGUGUGAGAGUAUCAAAAUAUAUUUUCUGUUGAAAAUAUUGUUAUAUUCUUCAAUGUACUGAAGACAAAAGAUGAGGUUUCUCUGUAUUGUAUACAACUAACAAUGACAAUAAAAAAUGCUUU